GGUCCGGAAAGCACGCACAAAAGCAACGGGGCAGAUUUCAUAAUUACAGAUUGGCCCGUUAACGCAGAAGGGAAACCAGUGUGUCUGAAAGAACAUUAGUCACGGAGAACAAAGACCAGCCACAAGAUAAAGGCGUGAUCCACCGUGGGGCUUCUCUCCCGAAAAUCUCAGGGUGCAGAUCCCACGUCAGAGAAGCAGAUGUCGCCGCUGCACUGUUGCAGGUCUUAGCCGACAGAAUGCGGAGCCUUGCUUCUCUCUUCGCGUCCCUCUGCGCCAUUGCAGUUUGCGUCCGACUAGGAGCAAGUGACUUAACAGUAACACGCACAUAUGUAAGGGUCAUGGGCUUUUCGUGGGCAAACUGCGGCGCCCCGGAUGCCCCCGCGAUGAUGAAGAGCCUUGACAUGUCCCCGGACCCCAUCACGAUUCCCGGGGACUUAAGCGCCAGCGCUUCUGGUUACACUAAGGUGGAGCUGAGCAGUCCUCUUCAGGUGAACCUGACCGUGGAGAAGGAGGUGGCCGGCUUCUGGGUGAAGGUCCCCUGCAUGGACGACCUGGGCAGCUGUGAUUACGACGACAUUUGCUCAGUGCUGGACCAGCUGAUCCCCCCAGGACAGGACUGUCCGGAGCCCCUGCACACAUACGCGCUGCCCUGUCACUGUCCCUUCAAAGCUGGGCAAUACACUCUGCCCAAGUCUGACUUCUACUUGCCCAACAUGGACCUUCCUUUCUGGCUGACCAACGGGAACUAUCAGGUGGAGGCUAAGAUGGGCUCACAGGGAAAAGAGUUCGGCUGCCUGAAAGUGGUGUUUGCCCUCCACUCAGCCUAGGCAGCGGGGAACCGUGUGUGUGUGUGUGUGUGUCGGGGGAGGGGGUGCUUCCGAUCUGUGAAAGGUGAUCAGUGUGCUUGUCUUUUUUUACUUAAAGUGCUUGUGACUUGGACAGCUCUAGUGAUUAGAGGUAUGCUGGGUGCACACGCUGGUUAAUUCUGAGCGCGGUUGUAGGCUCGGCACCACGAAAAGAAUCACAAAGAAAGUGUUAAAAAAAAUAAAGCGUAAAAAUGCGAAGGUGUUCAGUGGGCUGGGUUAUGAACCUUCCGAUCACCGUACGUUACACUGUCUGAAAUACUCCAGGAGUAACGUAUGCAUCAUUUAAAAUGAAGUCUAGCUUUUUUACUGCAAUGAUGAUUCACAUCUGAUUCUCAGCUGUCCAGUCAUAUGCACUUUAGUUUUAAACGAGAGAAAUCGGCUUCUCUCAUUGGUGCAUUCAGGCAUGAGGUAAUCACUGCACUUACUUGCAUUACUUCUGAUUAAUACUGUACAUGCUGUUCCAGAUCUCCUAAGAAGGGUUAGCUGUAGCUUCGCUGGCAUUACAGUGCAUUGUGUAAUUGUGAUGAGUGAACUGAAAACUACUGUGGCAGGAGUUCGCGUGGGCCUACAUUACCUUAAUUAUACUGUAAAACCUGAUUUCUUCAGCUGUCCUAAUGGUGACCUGAUAAAUCAAGAAAAAGCAAAGCUUGAAGGUACUAAUGCAGCGAUGGGAGAAAAUAACGAUUUUUUUUUAAGCCUUUUCAUGUUUAAAAUUUUUUUAAUUACUGAUUAAUAAAUAAUACUUGAUACUGCUGUAAAUUUUGCAUUUCUUUUUCUUUUGCAAAAAGGUGUUCAAUGUUGAAAUGGGGUUUCUGAAUCUGUUCAUCACGUAAAAACUCUUUUUCAGGGACUUGAUGUCCAUUCUGUGGAGAGGUUUUGUUUUUCUGUUUAAUUGAGGUCAGAAGGCAGUAAAUUUGUGAAAAUCUCAAAACCUUCCAGUUCUUUUAUGGGAAGUCACUGCUGAAUGCUAGCGCCCAACCUUUGACCUUCUAGUGUGGCGCACCUCACGUCAUGGUUAUUAAAUCGCAUUAAUGGCCAGUUUCACUGUGAUGUUGCCACUUUUGUUUUAUACAGCUGGUUUACAUGUUUUAUACAAUAAAUGUUUUCUAGUUUUGCGUAA